AUGGUAGUAAGGAUCCUGAAGAUCAUCUUCGCAAAUUCAGGAACGCAGCCCUGUUCUGCCCAAAAAUGGUUCAAUGGACUACCCCAUGAGUCCAUCACCUGUUUUGCUGAUUUUAAGAAUGUCUUCCUGCGCCACUUUGCCAGUAGCAGGAAAUAUCAAAAGACAGAUCAUUGCUUGUUUUCCCUUAAGCAGGGAUCUGCGGAGCCAUUGAAAAACUAUAUUAAGCGCUUCAAUCAGGUGGCUCAAGAUGUUCCUUUAGCUACAUCCGAAAUACUCAUGAGCGUCUUCUCCCAUGAGUUGACUGAAGGAGAAUUCUUCAGGGAUCUCAUUAGGAAUCCCGUAAAGAAUUUCGAUGAGAUGCUGGAGAAGACGGCCAGCUAUAUCAAUGUGGAGUAA